UGUUUUCUCCUGCUUCCUAUCCAAAUGGGAUAUCGUUUCUGAAGUGGGCGGAGUUGUGCAUGACCAUACCCAAGCUGUGGAAAACCCGUUAAUUCAGCUCAACAAAGAUGGCGGCGGUGUCCGAUAGGUACUGAAUAGUUAAUGGCAAAAACUGAUAUGCAACACUGUAACACAGACAGCGUAGGACAUACACAAACUAUUAACGCUACAUCUCGUUUCACAAGUAAAGCUACUGGGCAAUUUGCAAGGUUUCCAAACCACGUAGCAGACCUCCAAUUUAAAUUGCGACUAAUGUUCGGAGACCUUUUCUGUCCGGCUCUUUGGUUAAAGUCAGCCACGAUGACCACCAUGUAAAGCGAACGGGCUGCGCGGCGCCUACACGAUGAGGUUCCCCCGAUGCCUCGUGGGGCUCCGUCGAGCCUAUUUGGUUUGGCCAAUCCUGCUGCUGCUCCUGGUCGGCGCAGCCUUGACCGCUCUGCUGCCCCCUGCUGAGGACCACGGGGGCAUCGACGUCCUGGGAGUGCUGCGCAGGGCAACGUCCCGAAAGGAGAGUCCUGCACAGGGCCGCCACGGCGACCCCGCAGAGGAGGAGCAGGAGGAGGAGAGGUUCACCAUUGUCAUUCAAACAUACAACCGCACAGACAUUUUGCUCAAACUCCUGAACCAUUACCAGGCAGUGCCUCAUCUUCAACAGAUCGUCAUAGUCUGGAACAACAUUGGGAAGCAGACGCCCCUGAAGUUAUGGACCUCUUUACAGCCUCAUCCGGUCCCCGUGGUCUUCAAGGAGCAGACGAGCAAUCAGAUGCGCAACAGACUACAAGCAUUCCCUGAGAUUGAUACUGACGCUGUGCUGAUGCUGGAUGACGACACCCUGGUCAGUGUCCCCGACAUCAGUUUUGCUUUCUCUGUCUGGAAGCAAUUUUCCGACCAGAUUGUCGGGUUCGUCCCACGGAAACAUGUCUCGACACCGGGAGGAGUGUACAGUUACGGCAGCUUUGAACUGCAGGACCCGGAAACAGCUGGAGGUGACAAAUACUCCAUGGUGUUAAUUGGUGCUGCCUUCUUCCACCGUCGCUACCUGCAGGUCUUCCAGGACCAACCUCCAUCGGUUCAUGCGCUGGUGGAUGAAACGCAGAACUGUGACGACAUUGCCGUUAACUUUGCUGUUGCGCUGUAUUUGAGGGAGCACUCCAUAGGCACCAUCAACAAACCCUCUGGAGUCUUUGUCAAACCCGUGGACCUCCGCAACCUGGAAAAGGAUGCCAGCAGCGGGUACCAGGGUAUGUGGCAUCGUCCUGAACACCUUCUCCAGAGGUCCUACUGCCUGAACAGGCUGACACAGAUCUAUGGCAUCAUGCCACUCUGCUUCUCCAACCUGAUGGUCUCCCAGUUCGGCUUCCCCAGUUACGCAAACCACAAGAGUCGAGCUUGAGGCGCCACUGACCGCCUCGGAUGGAAAGAAGACACUUGAGUAACAGUCGGUUUGAUUAAAAGCACCUGUCUAGGCGCAGGGUUAGGUUACCACGGUGAAUCCUAGCGUGUGUAGGAAGCUCAAUUUCAAUUUUCACCGGCAAAUUAUUUUCUUAUUGCAACCCCCCUCCAAAAAAACCCAGUGAUGGUGUUUGAGCCCACGGUGAAAUACAGCUCAAACUGGUUUGCUUCAAGUUUACCUGCUCAGUGUUGCUCUGUUUGUAUUUCAUGACAUUGAGCAGACUAUUGCUGACAAUCAGAAUGUUCCACACAUGGCCAAGUCUGAUGAAACAUCCAUAUUUGAGAAGGUACUCUGUAUAUUGUUACCAAAGCUGCCUUACCUUCCGAUGAACAACUCUCCCAGUGGAUUGUAGUUAUUUUAUAGCCGGCCGGUGUCAGUCUUAGACAAUUUGCCUCGUUUGUCACCACGAUUUACAGCCUUGAUGCUGCGCUUGUUCAAAUUCCAGUUGUAUUACAUUUAUAGUCGUUUAUGGAAAGUGUAACUUUUCUGAUGAGCUUGUGUUCAGUCAUUUUUGGGCCAAUAAAGAGUCUCCGCCUAAAGUGUGAAUACAAUAGAAUUAUUGCAGGUAAUGUGCACAUUCCAACAAUCUUAAUGUACUAUGCAUGCCUAGACAAUCGUUUUUUAUGUGCGCAGAUAUCAACCUUCUAAGACUGUCAUGUGACGGUUAAAUAAAGCACUUCUCUAAACAGAA